UGUCUAAGAACGAUGGAGCAGGAGAAAACCUUAAGCCUAACGGCAGGGUGGACCACCAUUAUUCACCCGGCGGACCUACACUCCAGGUGUUGGAGUCUGCCGGUGUUCACGCGCGACCUAUGACUAUAUCAGGGAGCGGAAGUGGCGGCGGCUCAGGCCAAAUCCUAAGCUCUGAUGCGGACAAAACUGGAAAGCAAAAACGACAUCGCACCCGAUUCACUCCUGCCCAACUUCAGGAACUCGAGCGGAGCUUCGCCAAGACACAUUAUCCAGAUAUUUUCAUGAGGGAGGAGUUAGCCAUGAGAAUUGGACUUACAGAAUCUCGCGUACAG